AUGGAUGAGGAGAUCGAAAGCCUACAGGAGCAACUCCCCUGUCUGAAGGAGAACGAGAAGAAGAUACAAGGGGAACUAAACUCUCUCAAAGCAAUACCCUUGCUCUCGGAACUUCGCCUCGAGAUCGGAAAGCUCGAUGAUGAAAAGAAGUCGCUUGCUGCUCGUUUGGCCAAGGUGCAUGGUGAUAACUCGACCGAGGUGUCUCUCCAGGAGAAGGAAAGCGUGAGGAAGGACUGGAAGAUGUGGCAGAAUCAGCGUAGGGCUCGGGCUAAGAUCUGUCGCGAUUUCUGGCGCAAGUGUUCUGAAACACUACCCGAGGGCGUGACUGGAGAGGAGCUUUGGGAGAGCUUGGGGCUUGAAGGGACUUUGAUGUAA